AUGAAGAUCGAGUACCCACCCGAGAUCAACAAUCUCCGGAUAUGGGGCCUCGCAACCGUUGCAGCCUUUGCCUCCGGCAUGAUCGGCUACGACAGCGCCUUUGUCGGUGGCACUUUGGCGCUCCCGGCUUUCCUUAGGGAGUUUGGCACCCUUGACAAGGAGUGAGUCGGACACGUGCCAGUGCCUCGUCGCAGGAUGAAGACCACCGUCGAUACUUACCAUGGUAACAUCCUGCACCCUUCCUCACAGCACCUCUUCAAACCUCGUGUCAACGUACCAAGCCGGUGCCUUCUUUGGUGCCUUCGCCGCUUACCCAACCGGUGUCUACCUCGGCCGCAAGUGGGGUCUCUUUGCUGCGUCCCUCAUCUUCAACGUCGGAAGCAUCAUCAUGACCAUCGCAUCCAACAACACUGGCCUUGGACCCAUCUACGGCGGCAGAGCCAUCGCCGGUCUUGCCAUCGGUAUGGCUUCCAACCUCGCUCCCACCUACCUGUCCGAAAUCGCACCUACCGCUAUCCGUGGUCGCCUCAUCGGUAUGUGGGAAGUUGGUUGGCAAGUCGGAGCCAUCAUCGGUUUCUGGAUCAACUAUGGAGUCAAGCAGCACCAACCGGACACGAGCGACUCUCAGUGGCGCAUCCCAUACGGUUUCCAGCUUGUGCCCGGCGCGCUCCUCCUCUUCGGCACCCUCACCAUGAUCGAAAGCCCACGUUGGCUCCUCACCCGCGGCCGCGAAGAGGAAGCCGUCCGCAACUUGGAGAAGAUCAGAAAGCUACCUGCGUCUGACCCGUACCUCGUCGACGAGCUUGCGCUUUGCCGCGAGUCUAUCCGCGCGGAACGCGAAGUCGUCGGCGCGUCAUUCUGGGGUCCCAUCCGCUACACUUUUGGACAGAGCAAGCUGCGCUACCGAAUGCUCAUCGCAAGCUCUCUUUUCGCUUUCCAAAACGGCACUGGUAUCAAUGCGAUCAACUACUAUUCUCCAACCGUGUUCAGGGCUUUGGGUGUGAGUCGAAACAUAAAGGAGACCGUUAUGAUUUGGUGCUCUGGCUGACCAGUGUGCUCCUUUCGAACGCCACAGUUGACCGGCACAUCCACUGCACUGCUCACGACCGGUGUUUUCGGUAUCAUCAAGGGUCUCGGAAGUGUCGUUUGGAUCCUCUGGCUCAUCGAGCAGCUCGGUAGACGCAAGAUCCUGAUGGGAGGUGCUUUUGGAGGAUCGAUCUGCAUGUUCUGGAUCGCCAUCUACAUUGCUGUUUCCAAGGUCGGCACUCCUGGCCACACUUCUGGCGAGCUAUCUGCCGGUGGACGAAGCGCUCUUGCUGCCUUCUACCUCUGGACGCUUUUCUAUGGAUCCACUUGGAACGGUACGCCUUGGUGCUAGUGAGUAGCUUGUGAAGAAAAAUCUCGCGCGAGUCACGUGCAGACUUCCUACGCGUGCAUGCGCUCGCGCGCGCGCAUGCAGCCUGGUUUCGCCGGCACCGGAACGCGCAUGAACCACCUUCGAACGCGAUCACUUAUUCUUAAACCAUCUCUUUGCACCCUCAGCUCCGCCGAAAUGUUCCCCACUGCCUCCAGGUCCGUUGGAAUGACCAUCGCUGCGGCAUCUAACUGGCUCUAUAAUUUUGCGAUUUCCAAGGCGACGCCAGCAGCUUUCGCCUGGUCUAAUUACGGCUUCUUCCUGAUCUUUGCCUGCUUGAUGGUCGUCUCGAUCCCAUACGUCUUUUUCGUGUUGCCGGAGACCAGGCAAGUCCCCCUGGAGCGAAUGGACGACCUCUUUGCCACAAGACCAGUAUGGAGAGCUGGCGAGAUCAUCCUCAACGACAUUGCGCAAAGCGAGAAGCCUUCGGACAACCUGCCUAGAGCUCAUCCCGACACCCUUGAGCGAUCCGGUAACAACCGCGACGACGGCGUCUCCACACCCGAGCGCAAGGACGAAGGAUCUCAGAAAGGACUCGACGUAGAGACGGGCGACGCUCGCAACUACUGA